UGAGGCCGUGAACCACUGUGUCACCUUGGUCAAGUUACUUCCCUUCUCUGGGAUUCCAACUUCUCAUCUGUCAAAUGGAAAUCACAAGAGCACACACUUCCCAAACUGUGAUGAGACCACGUGAAAUUCCAUCCUGCAGUGUCCACACAAUAACCACCAAUGCAGUUAACUUUAGUGAGCGCUUACUCAGUGCCAUGCAGUGUUCUAAACUAUGCCCAGAGAUUCCCUCAUUUAAUAGAGCAACACUAUAAGACAGAUAACAUGGCUAACUUAUUUUACAGAUGAGAAACUUAAGUGCAGAGGGGUUAAGUAAUGUGCACAGAGUCACAUAAUGAAUACGUGGCAGACUGCAAGUUUGCACCCAGAGCCUAACUUCAGAACUUAUGUUCUAAGUCUCCCCGAGAGAGGUGAGUGAUCUUCUUGCCCCCUUUCACUGAAAAGGAAACUAUAGCCCAAAGAAAGAAGAUGUGCCCAAAGGCUCACACAGUGUUAAGGGGCGGCGCGAGGAGCAGACUUUAGGCCGCCCUGGACCAGAAGCCCGCGCGAGUCAAAUGAAUGAGCCGAGCCAGGCCUGGGGCUGAGCGCGGCCGCGGUUCCCCUGGCUGGGCCUCGGGGGGACCCGUAGCUCCGCAUUGCACACGAACACACACCCCCAACCCACGCUGGCCGCGGGCACUCCGACCAGCUCGCACCCGUCCGUCAGAUCCUCGACCCCCCGAGAGCCCGAGCCCAUGCCCCUGCCCUACAGGGGAAGGGGACCCCGCCUGGCCGGCUCCCGAGCGGUGGCCACUAGCCUCCCGCGGGCGACGGCCAGCUCCCCAAGGCGUGCCGGCCGCGGGGCCCCGCCGUUGAGCCAAACGCAACGCCUCACCCGGCGGCGCCAUUCCUCGGAGCAGGUCCCACCGGAGCCCGAGCCACCGGCUGACUUCCGCUCGGCAAAGUGGCUCCAAGAGCGCGCCGGAGGGGACGCCAGGGCCUCGCGGCAAGCUCUGCCCGCUGGGAUGAGCUCUAGGCCCAGGAGCCCUGGUCAGGAAGAAGUAGUGAUCCCUUGUGCUUCUGACAAUGAUUCGGGAAGUGUGGACUUGCAGCUGACCAACUUAGAGGAUAUUAAAGAAGGUCCAAACAGCUCUGAAUUUACAGACUUGGAUAUCUCUGACAUCCCUGGACCUCCUCCAGAGUCCUUCUCAUGUAGCUUCAGAUACCCAACCCACCAGGAACCCCUCAGCCAGGCCAUCAUUGAGAAGCUGAUCCAGUCCAUCCAGGCAGUUUUUAAUGGUGAGCUAAAGGGUGAACUUGAAAAGCUGACAUUCCUAAGAUCUUUGUCUUCUCUCAGCCAAACUUUAUCUUAUGAUGAAACUGCAGAAUCAUUCAUUCACAGCCACAUAGCAAACAUUGUGCAUAUCCUAAAUGUACUGGUGCAAGAGGAGGCCUCGCAUUCUCUAUUCAGCCCUGUGUGCCAGGAGGUCUUUGUCACCAUUACUGAUCUCAGUUACCAAGAUGUCCAUUUGCUGUUUGGCUCUGAAGAUCGAGCUGAGUUGUUCUACCUCAUCAACAAAAGUGUAAUCACUCUGCCCUCUGUGAGGAAUCUUACCCAGCCUCAGGAAAUCAUGCCAAAUGGGCCCUGCAACUUGGAGUGUCUCUACAGGCUGACGUUCCAGGCAUUCUUUGAGAUGCUCCAGAGUUUGGUGAUAAAAGACCCACAUUUGGAAAAUCUUGAUGCCAUUUUGAAGCACAUGGACCCCUGGUUACAGUCAGUUGAAGACCACGAGCGGGAACGGGCCACAGCCAGCGUGGCUCAAGUUCUGAAGUGCUUGUCCAGUCAUCUCAGCUUGAAGCCUCCGCUGCGAUUCCAAAGACUUGGACACCUGGUGGCUGUGAUGGCGCUGCUGUGUGGGGACCCAGUGAAAGAGGUGGCUGAGGAGGCUGCAGAGGGCACACACUACCUGCUACAUAUCACCCAGAGGCUAAAGUAUAUCACUCAUGACAAGGAAAAUCACCAAAGCUUGAGAAGAGCAUUGAAAAAAUGUCGAGAAUUCCUAGAGCUCUGCGAUAUUAAACAAUUCUAUAGUUGUCCCUUCAGAAUUGCCCAGGUCUUUGAAGUUUUUCUCAAUUCCAAUGAGCUCUGCCAGUUCAUGAUGACUACAUUGGAUGGCCUGAAAAAUCCCCGCAUCCAAGAAUCAGCAGGAGAAUUGCUGAUAACAUUGGUGAAAAAUGCAGCAUCCCGAUUUGAGACGGUGCCAGAAAUUAUGGGAGUUAUCUGUGCCCAGCUAUCCGUGAUCAGCCAGCCUAGAAUCCGCCAACAAAUCAUAAAUGCUGUGAGUUUGUUUAUAUCCAUGCCCAAGUAUACAGACAUAGUGCUCAGCCACCUUCUGUGUCAUCCAAUACCAUAUGACAGGCAUCUAGCUGAGUUGUGGAGAAGCCUGGAGGUAAAGCUGCCCAGCACGACCUGGAUUCUGUGGAGGCUCCUGAGGAAGCUGCAGAAGUGCCAUAAUGUGCCCACCCAGGAGAAGAUGCCCUACGAGGCCGUGGCUGCAACAGAUGCCCUCUAUGAGGUGUUUGUGGGAAACCGUCUCCAAGCAGCUACGUUCCGACUCUUCCCUCAGCUUCUCAUGACACUGCUCAUCCAGAUUCACCAUAGCAUCGGCCUUACCAUGUCUGACAUUGCCAUCCCAAGUGGUCUGUACCCAGAACAGGAAAUGUCUUCAGAGGCCACCCCUUUGAGCUUUGCCAUACAGGCUAUAAAGACUCUCCUCCUCAGAACAUUGUGCUGGCAGGAAUUCAACAUCAUGGAAAAGAAUAAAGGAUGGACUCUUCUAGAAAGAAAAGAUUGCCAUCUUCAGGGAGUAUUUCUCCUUGCCAAUGCAUUGCGGGAAAAAAAUCACUACCUUGCACGUAAGGUCAUGUACUUGUUAGUCCCACUUCUUAACCGAGGCAAUGAUGAACAUAAACUCACAUCUGCGGGCUUUUUUGUGGAGCUUCUCCAGAGUCCGGUGGCUAGACGACUGCCUGGCAUAUACUCCAUUGCCCGCUUGAAAGACUGGCUACAUCAUGGAAAUAAUCUUUUUAGGAUACUUGCCCUGAGGGGACUGCACAAUCUUGUCAGACACCAGGAGAUGAAGGAAGACAUCAGGAGCCUGUUGCCAUGCAUCUUAGACAGCUUAUGUGAAACCGAUGAGGAGAUUGUUUUGUUGGCCAUCCAGAUACUCCUGCGGCUUGUCGGGACAAUGGAUUUCACUACCCUGGCUGCCAUGAUGAGGACCCUGUAUUCCUUAUUUGGUGAUGUGAGACCUGAUGUUCAUCGUUUGUCCAUGGUUCUCUUUGGAGCUUCCAUAAAGUCUGUGAAAUACUCAGAUAAGAAGAAUAUAGAGAAUCAAGUCCUGGACAGCUUGGUCCCGCUACUUUUGUACUCUCAGGAUGAAAAUGAUGCAGUUGCUGAGGAGAGCAGGCGAGUCCUAACUGUAUGUGCCCAGUUCCUGAAGUGGAGGCUGCCCCAGGGAGUAUACUGCAAAGAGCCCUGGUACAUCAAACCUACUGAAGCUAGAACAGUCUGCAAAUUCUUUGGAAAAAAAUGCAAGGGGAAAAUUAACAUCCUAGCCCAAACAUUGAUGUACUCCAAGAAUGCAAAACUUCCCAUCAGGAGAUCAGCAGUCAUGUUUGUAGGGCUCUUAUCAAAGUAUACAGAUCGCAGUGAGCUCAGGAUGAAGGGUACUGACUGGAUAGAGGACGAUCUGAGAGGUCUGCUGCAAGACCCCGAGCCCUCUCUGCGCGUCAUCGCAUCCCAGGCUCUGUACCAAGUCCAGAAGGUGAGGGCCGAGCCAGAACCUGAGCAAACGGUUUGCUGGUUGAGGAAGCUCAUGGGCUGUCUUCCUACCUAGAAAUGCAUCACAAGCAAGUCAGGCCAUUAUUACUUUGAAAUUCAGAGGCUUCUUAACUCUUAUGAUCUCAUCCAGGACCAGCUAUGAAAGCCAAGAUCCCAUCAGGGGUGGGGAACCUUCGCCCUUAAGGCAAAAUGUGGCCUUCUCAGUCCUCACGUGGGGCCUUUUGACUAAAUCCAAAUUUUGCAGAACAAAUCCUUUUAUUAAAAGGGGUGCAG